GUCAACUUCUAAUGGUGGUUUUAUAUUUGGGCAGAAUCUUCAUGAAAGAGUGUUGAAUUAUGAGGCAGUUUUAGAAUCUCCUGCUUCUCCUUCUGAUGCCCACAACAUUACUUUUGAAGAAGCUGCAUUGAAAAAAGAAGAGUUAGAAAAAAUGGAACAACAAAACCAAGAAGAGAAAUUAAAAAGUUUAUCAGAAUCUGCUAAGGAAUAUGAAUCGAAACAAGUCAAGAGGAAAUUUGAAGAAGUAGCUGUUAUUACAGGGGAAGAGGAAGAAUCUAACGUCUUGCAGAUAAACUGCAAAUUGUUUGCAUUUGACAAAAUUGGAAUGAACUGGUUGGAAAGAGGACGAGGCAUAUUACGUCUCAAUGACAGAGAGUGUAAUGGCUCUCUUCAUUCCAGAGUGGUCAUGCGCACAAGAGGAAGCCUUCGAGUCGUGCUUAAUACUAAAGUCUGGGCCGGAAUGUCUGUUGAGCAUCCAAGUGUAAAAACAGUCAGAUUGACAGCUUAUGAUCCUCAGGGCGUUAAAGUGUUUCUUGUUAUGGCUCAACCAAAUGAUACAGAACAGUUGUACCAGGCCCUCAAUUGGAGAGUGACUUCUUUGAAGGCACAAGAAGGAAGCGAAGGCAGGCAAUCCAGGGUAGAAGAAGCCACUAGUUCUUCCAAUCUACCUGAUGGCUCUGCAUUUGAUGAUAGCACUCACAGUCCACCUAGUAAACUCCACGCUACAGAUCCUGGAGAUUAUGGAGCGGAUAGCAGCUCAGAGACAAACUUUGUCAUUCACCAUGAAUCCUCACGUGAAGCGGCAUUAGGUGGAAAUGCUGAUUCUACUGACGUUCAGUCAUGAGUGUUACUCUAAAACUUAUAAUCUGACUCAAAACCUCUUAUUGGUUUAGUUGCCAUGCCAGUGUGGUCACUUUUUUUUUAUGUGUUGAAAGUGUGAUUGUGCUGUUUUCAGUGAACUGACAGAUGCAGCAUUUUAGACACACGGGUAGACAUUAACAAAUCAUACGAACUAUAUUGUUUGUUGUCUUCUGUGAAUUAGAACUUGCCUUUAUAGAUUUAUAAAUUACUGAGACUUGAAUAAACAGAUCACCACUGUUAUCUACUUAUGGGCACAGCCAGUCAACUUUAAAGGAACCCUUCCCCCUCAAUUUUUUGGAGAGAGAGCUUGUAACAAGUUUAUAUUAAGUAAAUGUACAAUUUUUAAGAAAUGCGACAAUAAAAGACAAAUUUUUAUUUCAGUUUUUUUUUCUUUUUGCAAAAUUUUAUAAAAUAACAGUAGUUUCUCGAUUAUUCAGAUCUCUUUCAUUCAAAAGAUCCUGUUUAAUUUAAGUCUUAAGUUUUAAUUUUUAUGUGCAUCCGCUUAGUUUUUUUCAUUUCCCUUUAUUUUUCAGUUAUACCUUACCCUUACCUUUUUUUUGUCAUUCUAUAUUCAUAUUUUUUUUCUAUAUUCCUUUAAAAUAAGAUUUGUUUCUUAUGCUUUUGUGGUUGAACGUAAAAUUUAUUUAAUAUAUGUUAUUUGAUUGAUGCAUAUUUGUUUAAAAAGUAAAAUAUUUUCAUAUCUUAUUUGACAAAAAAGAUAUCAAGGAUAUUGAAUGGCUAAUUAUUAUUAUUGAAAGGAACUCAAUUUUUAGAGUUUGAUGAAUUUAAAUUAUUAAGCAAUUUAUUUCUAUUAUUACUGAUCUGAAUUUGUAAACUAGCCAAAGCUUGUCUGGUCCAGAUUACAUUUGAUACUCGAGGUUCUACUGUAUUUGUUCUUUAAUCAUUACGUAUUUUUUGAUGAAAUAAAGAUUAUUUAAACUUUUUUAGACUAAUUAUCCUGUUCAAUUAAGAACAUUUAAUGAUAUUACAGAAUAUGAAAUUGUGCAAAAAAUAUGUUAAAUUCUUAUUUUUUCCAUUGCUUUGUAAAUAGUUUUGAAUGAUUUAACUGUAUUGAGCAAUACCUUAUGAGGAAUACUUAUUAUUCAGUAGUGUUGUGUGUGUUAUUCGAAGUUAUAUUAUUUUUUUGUAAUUCAAAAUAAUUUAAGAGAUUUAAAAUUUUAAAUUUAAUUUUUUAAGUGAAGGAAAUAUAAUUUAUAGUGACAAAUGUAUUGAAGAUCUUAUGUUUCAAAUAAUAUCAAAAGUGUUAUCUUAAAAUAUUGAAAAUUUCAGCUUUUACACGUGUGUAUGCAUAAAGUGUUUAGUAAUAAUCACCAUUAAUAUUUAAAUGCUUAGAAUCCUUUUCAGACUGUUUGAUUUCUGUUUUAAUAGAGAGUUUCAUCGGGUCAUCAAAUUAGUUGCAAUGUUUUUAGUCUCGCUUUUCUCUGUGGUCAUUCAAAAGUUUUUUUCUCAUGUUUAAAUACUAUUUUGUGACCCUUAAUAUAUCUAAUUUUUAGAUUUUAUUUUGAUAAGGAUUCUAAAAAUAUGUAUUAAGGACCGAUUCCAAAACACUAAAACAAGGGCCCGAAAUUUCCUCUGGUCACUGAAACCAUUGGUGAUUAAAUAUUUAGGGUUGUUGAGUAAGUUUUUGUCUUGUAAAAUAUUGUCUUUCAAUACAUACUAUCAUUUUCCCCAGUGUUAGCAUUUACUAGCAAACUCUUGAGAGAUUUUUCAAAGCAUUACAGUUCGAGUUCAAAUACUGACACUAUUUGAGUUUCAUUGCACAUGGGUGAUGAUUUCCCCUCAAAUCGACAUUUUGCUAAGGGGUUGAAAAUAAGUUUAGCACUAUGGUUAACAUAAUUGAAGCUGUAUGCUAGAUCUCUUUAAUAUUGGAGCAUAACUUUGUCGAACCUUUGCAGAACUCAAAAUUCGUUAGAAUAAUUUGCUAAGAAUUUUUUAAAUAGGUGCCUCCAUCUAAUAUAAUUUGACCCUUGCAACUUGUAUUUUAAUCCCAAAAGUCAGUGGUAUACUAACUUGAAAGUAUGAGAAUAUUUCUGAUAUUUUCCUUAUUUUUAAACUUUUAAUGUUAUAUGGAUGAUAUUGGAAUCAUUAUAACUUUAUGGAAACCUUAUUUUAAAUUAAUAAUUUUAGCAAAAAUAUUUUCUAAUUUUUCUACAUCCUUUUAUGGUUUUGGUCACCAUAGAUUCUUCAUACUGUUAACAUUGUUUACAUUUUUGUCGAAAUAGUGGCAAACAAAAAUUUUAAUCUAGUUAGUACAUUUAGAACUGAAAUUUCAUGCCCUGGUUUAAAGUGUUAAGAAUAGCUAGUGCUAGACAGACCACUACUGUAAUUUAGUUAAAGGCACAAGCAUUAAUUUUAUUCCCUUGCCCUGAAUUUGUUCAAGAAACCUGUGACAAUUCCUCAUAAGUUCAUUAAAAAAAGGAAGAGAAGAAAAGUAAUUUAUCUUGUCUGAAAAAUUCAUUUAGUUUUUCUACUGAAUUUAUUAAAAUUAAUUCUAACUUAUGCACAACAAAUAUUUUGAUAUUUAUACCUAAUUUUUUAAUUUAAGAUUAGUAAAGAACAUGUUUAAUUGCAGCAACAAAAAGCUUUUUUUUCUUCCUUUUACUGAUACCAACAACUGCAUAUUCAUUUUUAAAUAAGGAAAGCUUUGAAAAUUCACUUAUCUGUUUAAUGUCCUUUUAUUUUAUUGUAUAUAUUUUUUUAAAAAGUUAUUAAUGCCCUCUUGUUUAUUCUGCAUUUUUGUUAGAAAGAUAUCUUUUUUUUCUUCUUGAGACAAAUUCAUUGUAUACCAGCAAUCUAUCCAAUAAUUGAAUUAACUCUGAUUGUUCAUUUAUCUUAAAACUGUUUUGAUAUAAUUAAACUUGUGGAACAUUAAUUAAGUUUUUUUAUUUUUAAAUUGCAUCAAUUAAACUAUUUAUUUGAGAAUUUCAUAUUGUACUGUUGUGUAUGUCAUUUAAAGUUAUAUUAUUUUCAUAAUUUUGAAACAUUAGCUGAAAUAUCCUCAUUGAGUCAUUACUGCAUUAAAUAUUGUUCCGAUUUUCAUCCUUGAGGUGUCAUUUGCAAUAGAUAUGAACUGAGUAACAUCACAUAAUUUGUUAUGUACUAUUAAAUGUGUUAUUUUCUGUGAAAAUAACGAAUUACUUCUAUUUUUCUCUGGAAGGAAGUUAUUGUUUUUGAAUGUAUUUCAAGUUAUUUACUUUAACAAUAAGGCAUAAUAAUAAUAAAAAUUAUUUACAGAA